AUGAGAGAAUGGGAAUCUAAAAUUACUCUUCUAAAAGAGAUUCAUUUAAAUUCAAAUAGAAGAGAUGAUGAUGAAAGUGAUAGGGUGGAAAUUGAACCACCAUACAUCAUUGCAAAAGGUGUAACGAUGAAGAAGUUUUUAGAGAGACGAGAGAGGGAUUUACUUGGACAUCUAAAGAACACUAAACUAGCAUUUGUCAAUGGUGAUGUAUUAGUUUAUGAAUUGGAAAACUCUGAAGCUAGGGCAAUACUAACUGGUUGGUUUUCAGGAUGGAUAACUAAAAGUCACGUAGACCCAUUUAUCCAAAUCACUGGAAGUACUGAUAUAAUUAUUUCACCCAAUAUUGUAAGACAACCAGACAACUCUUUUAGACCUAGAGGAGGAAAAGAAGGUCCCUUUCCAAGGUCCAGCACAAUGGUAGUCGAAGUUGGUUAUUUACAAUCACUACAAUCACUUCAAGAUAAAGCCAUCCAAUAUCUCGGUGUAGCUACAGAAAUUCAAAUUGUUUUAUCACUCCUCUAUGAUAGAUCACAUUCUGUCAAUCACCCACAAACUGUUAUUUCUUUUGGUACCUCUCCUCUUAAUUACACCAAUCAAAAUAUUAUUAAUAGUUGGUACAACCCUCCAACAACAACACCAACACCAUCACCAUCACCAUCACAAUCAACAAAUGACAAUACAUGUAUACUUGAAAUCCCAACAUCAUCUUUAUUCCAUGGAGUAGUUCAUCAACUAGAAGGUAUUCCAGUCACCAUCCCAUUAAAUCUGUUGCAACUUAGAAGUGAAUUGAAUGAUAUUCAAUUUUAA